GGUAGAGUAAAAAACAACGCUAGUUGUUACCACUUCCGCUUGUACCAUCUCCACAAUGCUGCUUUCCUGAAGGUUUUCUAAUAUUUUUAACAAAAAAUGUCUACUAAUCUGGUUCAGGAGGAGCGAGCUACUAAAGAAGAGUUAAAUAAACAGCUGAAAGAACAGAAGGUUGUGAUUGAUGAGCUGUCAAAUCUGAAGAAACACAGGAAAGUAUUCGUCCAGCAGCCGAAUAGCAACAUCUUCUUCCUCGCGGACAAAUCUGAGACGUUGAGCAUGUGCAAAAAGGAUCUGGAAAGAAUGAAGAAAGAAUACCAGGACAUGUAGAACCUGGGCGAGAGUGUGUGUGUGUGUGUGUGUGUGUAAAAUGUGUGGGAUCUGCUGUGUUGUGAGUUUGACCUCGUCUCAGUGUUCGCUUCACGAUC